GCUCGAUUAAGUGGAGAGACUAAGUCCAAACGGCUUGAGACAACCCCAAACCAAUCUCCCUUUUUUCCCUUUUUUACACAAGUUAAACUAUAAACGCGUCUUUUUCUCUACCGGACUCUACAAUCGCGUUUCCUCUAAACCUCUAGGGUCGUCCCGUGUCAAAGUCGCGUCAUCAGGGACGGCUCAGCACGGUCAUUCUCACGAUCCAUCCUCUACCAAUCAUCCGGUGUGUCUCACGUUUCCUUUCCUGGCUUUCCUCUUAGUUGGCCCCGCACUUUGGGAUCGGGUCGACAUCAUCCAAUCGAUCACCAACAAGUUUGUUUACAUGACAAGAUCCUCCGCAGUGGAGUUCGGGAUUUGCCGCGUAUAGUAGCGAUUGUUCAAGGUUCUCUCAAUUUAGCCUCUCAGCUGCAUCAAGUCCCUAGCACAAACCUACCGUUCGGCGAGUCGAGCGAUUGGGUUAAGUAUCGAACUCUACCACGUGUAAAAUGGCACCGCGGUCCGAGUCUGCUUACCCCCCACUCACGCCAUCAAAACCACGGCUUAGUAUCAAGGAUUUCGAUAUUUGGUUCCUCGAGUUUUCCAAUUCAUACAACCUGAAUCUCAAACGGACUCCUCCAGAAUUAUCACCGCAGAAGAAAAGGUCCUUGUCCUAUUACUCAGAGUUGAAAUAUUAUGAACUCCUCAAAGUUCAAUAUUUCAAGGAGUCCCAUACGAUAAUUCAAGACCUGUUUGACCGUGGGGCAAAGGAGAUUCAUAGCAAGUGGGUGAAGAAGCCUAGUUCUGAGUCUGCCGUUACUCCUUUUCCUACACAAUUGCCUCGGGCCACCACCGGGGCCGAGCGGGAACAAUUGGUCGAGCUUCUUAGAGCUAUUUUGGAAGAUGUCUGUUCAACGGAUAUAUCAUCAAGCUCCUCAGUGUCAAUUUCUCUCUCGCAUCAAGAGUACGAUGAACCCCCAACACCCACGAGGAGUCGACGUACCAAGCGACACUCUGAUGAAUGGCAGGGAAGUCCGACUGCUAAAAGAACUAGGAGUGUUACUUCGGAAGUUGACACAGAGUGUGACCCUGAUGAUUAUGAGAGACCCCCGAGUGUACUUUCAGUUCUGGAUAGGGGCCGUGUACUUACAGCUAGCCCUAUGCCUAGUGAAGUGCUAAUUCAAGCACCAAGGUUCGAACGAACUAGACCUAUAGCCGUGAAUGAUUCGACUAGAUCGGUAAGUACGAGCGGAACAACAAGUGCUUCUCAAGUUUUCUCAGGUCGUGAUGAGUAUGAGCUUCCAUUAGCUUCUCAAGAGACACAAACCACAAUCGUCGCAAGCAAUCUAGAAAAUAUGAAGCUUCCACAUUUGAGACAGUCACAAAUUUUAGGGUCAGAUUCGGACUCCUUGGCUCCGUCUUCAAGUACCGAACGUGCUCUGCACAUUUCUUUUCACCAUCACGAGCAGCUUCAGCAAAACGUACGGGGCCUUCUCAGAAAUGAUGUGUCGACGUAUUCAGACGUCACACAUUCAUCAGAGCAGGAUACCACGCAGCCUAAUACCCCUUCUCUGCCUCCAGCCUCGCCACCUCCGUCGUCUUUAUUUACAGUUCCUCCUACGCUAUCUCCUAUAAAGGAGAGCACAAAGGAAAACACUGUUGGUAUGCCCCCACCUGUGUCAUACGGAGGCAGUCAGAACUUUAGCCUCGAGCAGCGACUUCACAAUGUUUGGCCUCAUCUUCCUGCUCAGUAUGACCAGGCUCCAUUUGUAGUUCGCUGGGAGAUUUUGCGAAUUGCUCUCUACUGUGGAAUACAAAUGGAUGAUUUGCGUGUUGCCUACGAUCCAUCAUGGACUGAUCAAAAAACGAUGUGGCGCAGGCUUCAAGCGUUGCCUAUAUUUCAAGGCAAGAGUUUUCCAGAAAGAUCCCAAUCUAAUGCAUGGGCCGCUGCUCUCGAUGAUAAGUUUGGUACUACGGAUUCAGCAGUCAUUCUCACAGCUUCCCUCUCUACUAAUACGUCGAAGAAUGGGCCGUUAUUUACGCUUAGGCUUAAUCCCCUGAAAUUGGAUCUUUCACAUCGCCUCAGCCGCAGGUUUGGAUCGGAUAGAUUUCUUGAGCUUGUUAUACCAUCUAUGAAUUCUCAGGAUUUAAAAUUUCUUGGAGAAGAUGGCAUAGAAAGUAUUCAACAGUGGCUGGUCACUGAAUCUCAUGUGCUUCUUGGUCGUGUGUGGACGUCAUUUUUUCUCAAGCCUUCCUUACCCAAGAAGAUCAACAGUGAUAAUACGCUCAUGCCACAGACGAAGACUAUUUAUCAAGAACGAAUAUAUUUAUUUGCUGAAGAUGGCAAUGAUUUCUACCGUCUAGGAAGUGGAGAUCACUGGUCGCCGAAGGGUGAAACAGUUGGGAAGCACACCCAGAUGGGACGGGAUGGCCUCAUUGAUUGGCUCUUGCAAGUUCCCAAUAAUCAAGGCCAAUCGGUACUGAAGCUGUUUUCCCGGAUUACAUUAGGUCUUAGCCGUACACAUGCCACCAUUGUCCUUCGACCCGAGCAAAUUCGACACCGACCAGUCGACGUACUCUCACCGACAGGCGAGGUAAUGAAUGAUGGCAUCGCUCUAAUGUCACGCGGCCUCGCGGAAGCUGUGAGGAAGUUCAUGGGCCUGAAGGACACUCCAGCAGGUUUCCAAGGCCGGUUUGGUAGUGCAAAAGGAUUCUGGAUUUGGGAUGUCACAGACACAAGUGACGACAUCUGGAUAGAAACCUCGCCUUCUCAACGGAAAUGGAACUGUGAUUAUAUCGAAGAGGACCAUCGCACAUUCGAAGUUCGCAAUCCAUCUAGAGAAUUGAAGUCUGCCAAUCUAAACCUUCAACUUCUCCCGAUCCUCGAAGACAGAGCUAUCGACGUAGCUUUAAUGAAGUCACUGGUUGGCAAGUUCUUGAGAGAUACCCUCGAAAGAGACCUCGAGGCUCAGAAGGCAGCCAUGCUAGACCCGACCCAGUUCAAACUUUGGGUUCAUGAAAAUUCGCCAUCAGUUCGCCGACAGGAACGCCCCAAGUAUAACCAAGUUCCAUUCACCGCUGGCCUGCCGACUGGUCGGGAAGAUAUUAUGGACUUUCUCACGGAUAGCGGCUUCGAACCGACCAAGCUUAAGUUUCUAAGCGAUAUGGCUUGGAAGAUGAGAAUGGACAAGUGUAAUGAGCUCAAAGAGCGGUUGAAUGUGAAGGUUGGACGCUCUACGUAUGCCUAUAUGGUUGUCGAUUUUCUUGGGAUUUUGGAGGAAGACGAAGUUCACCUCGGGUUUUCCUCCAAGUUUUCUGAUGAACAUUCUGGCUUUUCCGAAACAUACCUCCACGGCAUGGACGCCCUUGUUGCGCGCACGCCCGCGCAUUACCCAAGCGACAUUCAAAGGGUAAAAGUAGUCUUUAAACCGGAACUGGGCGCGUUGAAAGAUGUCAUCAUUUUCCCCACCAAGGGCAAUAAACCUCUCGCUGAUAAGCUCUCUGGUGGUGAUUAUGACGGAGAUAUCGCCUGGGUAUGCUGGGAGCCCACGAUUGUCAAUAAUUUCCGCAACGCGGAAAUGCCAAAUGUUCCAGAUUUAUUUCAACAGGGCAUAGUCCGUAAGGAGAACGUUAGCUACCUUGAACUAGUAGGAACAAGCGAUAUCACUUCAGAGUUCCUGAUGAGGGCUUUCCGGUUCAACAUGCAACAGAAUCUUCUUGGCAUGUGCACGAACUACAAGGAAAGGUUCUGCUACGCCCAGAAUUCAGUUCGAAAUGAUCCUGCGAUUCUCUUGAGUACUCUUAUCAGCCAUCUAGUAGAUAGGGCUAAGCAAGGAGUCGUCUUUACAGAUCAGGAUUGGGCUCGACUACGCAAAACUCUGCGCCGGGUCGACCCUCCAGACCCUCUAUAUAAGAAGGAAAUUUGGAGUGGCAAAGGAGACCCUACACACAUCAUCGAUUAUGUCAAGUUUAGGAUAGGGAAUCCUACAGUUGAAACGGAAUUGAAGUCGUUCAAUGAAUCCCUUAAGAAUGCUGAAAAUUACGAUAAGGACCUCGUCGGGUUCUAUCAGCAUUACGAGAAGUUCUUGAGGCCUUACAGUGAGCGAAAGGAGGCUAUUAAAAAGUCGACUUGGGAGACGAUUUUAGACGAGCUUAGGAAGGAUAUUGAUGCCACAGCUCAAGAAUGGCGCGGCUUCCGCGGCGAGUGGGAAGCUAGACUCACCCAUGUCUAUGACAGGUGGCAGGCGAUAUCUCCUUCGAAGAAAGCCAAUGCCAAAAUCGUCAGAGCUAUGCUACAAGAGGACCAGGUCAAAACCGGACUCUCCAACUGGGACUUGUUGAAGGCAUCAUUUUGUUUCAAGAUGUACUACAAGAUAUCACCGUCAUUUGUGUGGUACACCAUGGGCCGGCAACUCGCAUACCUCAAGGCUUUACGUUCUGGCGGCUUACCGAUGCUCAUAACUCCCAGUAUGUACGCGAGUAUGCGGCCUGAUAGCAAGUUUGCCCGUGUUCGAGCUGCGAUAGCGAAUGAGCGCAACUUUGCCGAGGGCGAGGCGAUAGAUGAGGAGGAAGCGUCAACUAUGGCAGACGACGAAAUCUAGAAGGUUUCCUCGGCUGCAGAUGGCGAAUUCCGUCCAAAUGGUAUCGUCCCAACGACUAUCUGCGCUUAGGUUCGCAGCAUAUUCGUGAGGAAAUGAUACCGUACCUUUUGACUAUCUGACACUUGGAUAUUCAAGGGGCGGAGCUAUUAUGGUGGAUUGGGCUUAAUGAGAUAGGAUCAGGGAAGAAUGGUUGACUAGUGCGCAUGUUCUUUGGUAACGGUUGCGUACAUCGAGGUGGGUAUAGGAUACCAUGGAAGUCCCCUUAUCUAGACUAUUGGCUAGACUAUAAGGGGCUGUAUAUGUCUAAAGAGAACAUACAAUUCAAACCGUCAUUAGACUAA